CCAUUUCUUUUAUACCACCUAGCAUUUCAUUCUAGCCUUGAUCAAUUCUCCCCGUCUCUGUGUUCACUCAGAAAAGAAAAAAAAACAUAACUAUGGCAAUGGCAAUAGAUUGCAUCAAGAAUCCACCAACCAUGUAUUCCCUUAACGAACACAAAGAAGACGAACAAACGUCUCCCGUUUUCGAUGCAUCGGUCAUACAACACGAAACCAACAUACCCCAACACUUCAUAUGGCCUGAUCAUGAGAAACCCAACUCCCAAAAGUCUAAGGAACUUGAGGUACCCGUAUUAGACUUAGGAGACUUCCUUUCUGGACACUCAAGUUCAGUGAAGGAAGUCUCCAGCCUCAUCAAUGAGGCUUGCGAGACCCAUGGUUUUUUCCUUGUGGUCAAUCAUGGAGUCGACGCAAACCUCAUAUCUGAGGCUCACCAGUGUAUGGACUUAUUUUUUAAGCUUCCGCUUUCCGAAAAGCAAAGAGUUCAAAGGAAAGUUGGUGAGAGUUAUGGAUAUGCAAGUAGCUUCACCGGGCGGUUCUUCUCUAAACUUCCUUGGAAAGAGACACUCUCCUUCCGAUUCUCCACUGAGGAGAACUCAUCCAACAUAGUUAAGGACUAUUUCAUGAACACAAUGGGUGAAGAAUUUGAAAAAAUCGGGAAGGUUUAUCAAGAGUAUUGCGAUGCCAUGAGUAGGCUUUCGCUUCGGAUCAUGGAGUUACUAGGGAUGAGCCUUGGUGUGAACCGAGGUCACUUCAAGGAAUUUUUUGAAGAAAACGAUUCGGUAAUGAGACUAAACUACUACCCACCAUGUCAAAAGCCAGACCUUACCUUAGGGACAGGGCCUCAUUGUGAUCCGACAUCUUUGACAAUUCUACACCAAGAUAACGUCGGUGGACUAGAAGUGUUUGUGGACAGUGAAUGGUGUUUGGUUGCACCCGUUCCGAAUGCCUUUGUUGUCAACAUAGGAGACACAUUUAUGGCACUUACAAAUGGAAGAUACAAAAGUUGCUUACAUAGAGCUGUGGUGAACAACAAAAUUCCUAGGAAGUCACUUGCUUUCUUUCUUUGUCCAAGUAAAGAUAAGGUGGUGAGCCCACCAGAAGAAUUGGUGGACGAAAACAACCCUAGAAUUUAUCCAGAUUUUACAUGGCCUACCCUUCUUGAAUUCACUCAGAACCAUUACAGAGCUGACAUGAAUACUCUGCAAGCUUUCUCAAACUGGGUUCAACAGAAAAACAACUAGAACUUGAUGCAUGAACACUCCCUCUUUCUUUCACAUGCAAUGCAAGCAAGAAGAUAAUGGAACUGCAACAAGAUAGUGUAAGAGGGUUAAGUGGAGAUCCAUGCAUUAACUUAAAAUGUUUUCUUUUUGUUUCUUUAGGGUCAAUAAUUGAAAGAGUGAAACAAUGAGCAAGUUUUAAUCUUCAUGGUGCUUAACUAGG